AUGUCCCGCUCGGCAUUAUCCUCCAGCGGCGGCACCGAUACCAAAUGGUCGGUUGAAUACGAUACCCUGCGCCGUGAAAAUCUCUUCCGAAACCCCCCCCAAGACCACUCGGCAUAUCCAGCCCUCAAAGAUGCCGUCGCCCCCCAUAUCGAGUCCUUCAACGCGUUGUUUGGGGAGAAUGGAACCAUCGCACAGGGCCUCCUCGAUAUUGGAGAGAAGGUUUACUUCGAUGGAGACGACAGAGAGGGGCCCGCGGGCAAGAAUUCCCUGAGCCUCAGAGCCGUGCAGUUCUUUCUGAGCAGGCCGAUGCUGCCCCCACACAACAAGUACUCCACCAGGAACCGCGAAAUCCUACCAUCAGAAUGUAGAGAGCGCCAUGUCACCUACCGAGCCGACAUGGCUGUGCAGUUCGAGUUCAGGAUCAACAAUGGAGACCCACAGACUUUCGUCCGGGGCUUCGGGAAAUUGCCCUUGAUGGUGAUGGGCACACGAUGUCACCUGGAGAAUAACACGCCUGCUCAGCUGGUAGAACGGAAGGAGGAGGCCGAGGAGCUGGGCGGAUACUUCGUGGUGAAUGGGAUCGAGAAGAUUAUCCGCCUCUUGCUUGUGAAUAGGAGGAAUUUCCCCAUGGCAAUCGAGCGCCCGUCCUUCAGAAACAGAGGAAAAGAGUACACGAAAUAUGGAAUGCUCAUGCGAUCAGUCCGCCCGGAUCAAACAUCCCAGACGAAUGUUCUCCACUACCUCAACGACGGCAACGUUAUUUUCCGAUUCUCGUGGCGCAAGGCCGAAUACCUGAUACCAGUUAUGAUUUUGCUGAAGGCUUUGACGGAGACGAAUGAUCGGGAGAUCUUUGAGGGUCUGGUUGGGGCUGCUGGGUCCGAGGGAGCGAACAACUCAUUCUUGACAGAUCGAGUUGAGGUGCUGCUACGGACACACAAGGCCUCUGGCCUCCACACGAAGAGCAAGACCCGGGCAUACCUGGGAGGGUUGUUCCGACCCGUUCUGGGAGUUCCGGACAACAUGUCGAAUUAUGAUUGUGGAACCGAAUUCCUGCGAAAAAUUGUUCUGGUCCACCUCGGUAAUGUCAAUGUCACGCAUGUCCAAGACAGCGACAAGUUCAAGAUGCUUCUUUUCAUGACCAGAAAGUUGUAUGCGUUAGUCGCUGGAGACUGCGCUGUGGACAACCCUGAUGCCGUACAGCAUCAAGAGAUUCUACUGGGUGGUUUCCUCUAUGGCAUGAUCAUCAAGGAGCGACUAGAUGAUUGGAUGACAAGACAGCUGAGGCUUGCGAUACGCCAGUACGUCCGGAAAAGCCCCGAGAAUAACUUUACGACGCCGGAGUUUCUAAAGCAAUUCCCUGUCAAGCUGUGUGGGAAGACGAAUGAAAACUUGGGAGGUGCUCUUGAGUACUUCCUGUCCACCGGAAAUCUGGUCAGUCCGACGGGCCUGGAUUUGCAGCAAGUUUCUGGUUUCACAGUCGUCGCCGAGAAGAUCAACUUUUUGCGAUUCAUCAGUCAUUUCCGCAUGGUUCACAGAGGUAGUUUCUUCGCACAGCUGAAGACCACCACUGUCCGAAAGCUGCUGCCAGAGAGUUGGGGGUUCUUGUGCCCUGUCCACACUCCCGAUGGGAGCCCCUGUGGUCUGCUGAACCACCUUUCGCACAAGUGCAGAAUCCUCACGAGUGCUUCUGAUGUUUCGGCAUUACCGGCGCUGGUUGUGGAGUUGGGUAUCGUGGGCGCGGGAUCUGCUUCGACCAAGGAGGCGGUGGUUGUGACGCUCGAUGGCAGGAUCCUCGGAUGGUGUACCCCAAAGCAGGCAAUAAUGAUUGCAGACACUCUUCGCUUUUGGAAAGUUGAGGGACGCCGCAAUGUCCCCAAAGACUUGGAGAUCUGCUGGGUUCCAAACUCCCACGGUGGCCAAUACCCAGGUAUCUACAUGUCGGCAACUCCAUCCCGGAUGGUCCGACCCGUCAAGUAUCUUCCCCUGGAUGCCGAGGAUCUCAUCGGACCUCAAGAACAGCCGUUCAUGUCCAUCGCUGUCACCGAGCCCGAGAUCAUAUCCGGGGAAUCAACCCACGUCGAAUUCGAUCCCACCAAUAUUCUCUCCAUUCUUGCCAACAUGACGCCCUUCUCCGACUUCAACCAGUCUCCCCGAAAUAUGUACCAAUGCCAGAUGGCCAAACAGUCGAUGGGAACACCAGGGACAGCUACCCGGUACAGAUCAGACAACAAGACCUACCGACUGCAGACUGGACAAACACCCAUCGUGCGCGCGCCUCUACACAACGAGUACGGAUUUGAUAACUUUCCCAACGGGAUGAAUUCUGUCGUCGCUGUCAUUUCGUACACCGGAUAUGAUAUGGACGACGCCAUGAUAAUCAACAAAGGCUCCCACGAGCGUGGAUUCGGUCAUGGUACGGUGUACAAGGUCAAGAAGGUGAAUAUUAGGGAGGGUAACAACUCGAGAUCUUCGAAAAACGUCGAAAAACUCUUCGGAUUUGCCCCCGGGUCCGAGGUCAAAGCCCGGGUCAAGGCCAUGAUCGACGAGGAUGGUCUCCCUCGCAUCGGACGUCUCGUUCGGGAAGGCGACAUGCUUUGUGCAUGGCACACCGUCUCUCGGGAUGCUGAAGGCAAACUCGUCAAUAAAGACGGCAUCACCCACUUCGAGAAGUAUAAGGAUGGUGAGAUGGCCUUCAUCGACGAGGUGAGGCUGAUCGGAAAUGAAAACGGCGCCGAACCGCUGCAAGUCUGCUCUAUCAAAUUCCGCAUCCCCCGUUCUCCAGUCGUCGGAGACAAGUUCUCAUCUCGCCACGGACAGAAGGGGGUCGUCUCCCAGAAGUGGCCCAGCGUCGACAUGCCCUUCACGGAAUCGGGAAUGCAGCCCGAUGUUAUCAUCAACCCUCACGCAUUCCCGUCGCGAAUGACCAUCGGCAUGUUUAUCGAGUCGCUUGCCGGCAAGGCUGGUGCUCUCCAUGGUCUCGCACAAGACAGCACGCCCUUCCGAUUCGAUGAGGAGAACACGGCUGGUGAUUACUUCGGCCAUCAGCUGAUGAAGGCUGGGUACAAUUACUACGGGAACGAGCCGAUGUAUUCUGGCAUCACUGGCGAGGAGCUUCACUGCGACAUCUACAUCGGGCUCGUCUAUUACCAGCGUCUGCGCCACAUGGUGAACGACAAGUUCCAAGUCCGAAGCACGGGACCAAUCACUCCAUUGACCCGCCAGCCUGCCAAAGGUAGAAAGAAGGGCGGCGGUAUCCGUGUCGGAGAAAUGGAGCGUGAUUCUCUACUUGCUCACGGUACCGCCUUUUUGCUGCAAGACCGUUUGCUCAACUGCUCUGAUUACUCGCGCUCCUGGAUCUGCAAACAGUGCGGCACUUUCAUGUCGAUACAGCCGACCUUCUGGGCCUUCGCAACAAACCGGUUAAGGGGCACCGGCGUCGUCAGAUGUAGGAGGUGCGCGCAUAGAGCCGAAGACUCCACCGGUGGGGCCGAAAUAUGGGAGGAUGCAGAGGGUCAGAGAUGGGCUGGGGGCGAGCACACGACGAUUGUCGCUGUGCCUGCUGUUUUGAAGUAUCUGGAUGUUGAACUCGCUGCCAUGGGUAUCAAGCUCAAGUAUAAUGUCGGACCGUGA